CUCAGUGCUCUGUCUCUCUCUCUCUCUCUCUCUAGGAAACCAUUUUUUCUUCUUCUGCCAAGGAACCUCAUCUAAAGUUUUGAGGAUUUAAAACUGGGGAUGAUAAAGAAGAUGUGGUGUUGUUAUGCUGAAGUUUUUGGGAAGCGAAGAGUCAGAUAGUAACAGUGGUGGAAGAAUCAAAUGUUCUUAUCCACUGAGAACCCACCACAUCACCACCCACUUCCUUCUUCUUCCAGUUUCUUACAUCUCACCUCUUCUUCCCAUGAGUUAGCUCAAUCCCAUCCCCAAAAUUUCUCCAUCAGAGAUUACGCAUAUAGUAACCGGAAGAACAACAUCAAGAACAACUGGCCUUUUUCUCCCAAAAGUCUCCAACUUCUUUCAACUCAUGGAGUGACUGUUCCUUUGCCACCGUUUCUGAAAAGUUCUACCGUAAGUAACCAGUUUGAGACCACCUCUAAGCAAAUCGUAUCACAUGUUCAACGAGAAAGAGAUUUGGCUAAACUUGGGAUAAAUCAGACAAUAGCAAAGACUAGAAAAGGAGUUUGUAGCCAGUCUAAGGUCGUUAAUAAUGGGUUGUUCAAGCGCACAGGUGUUUCCAAGUCUAAGGAAGAGAUAGUACUAGUAGCUGCUACAAGUAAUAAUAGCAAGAACAAGCACAGUAAAACGUGUGGACGAGGAGGAAUGGUGAAAUCCAAUGAAGCAACUAGUUGUGUUGGCUCCGAAUCAAUUAUGGCUUCAAAAACAUGUCCUAUAUGCAAAACCUUCUCAUCAGCUUCCAACACUACUUUGAAUGCUCACAUCGAUCAGUGUAUAUCUGUCGACUCAGCAGUGCCGCCGGUUAUUAGCAAACUAAACAGGCCUAGAGUUAACCAGUGUCUGCCUGUUGAUUCAGCUGUGCCAUUGAUUAGUAGUAAGCCAACCAAGCCUAGGGGUAAGCCACGGUUGAAAGUGAAAACGAUGGUUGAAAUCUACGCUUCUGCCAAAAGAUGCACAUUAGAAGAUCUUGACAAAAGAAAUGGAACAAAGUGGGCUUCGGUUUUGUGUCACACGAAUAGGGUUGUUGCUGAUAAGGCUGAAGUGUCCAAGAAGCGUAAAGUUCCUCCUGUGGGCGUUGGUCCUGUUUAUAUUGAUGCCAAGGGACAAAAGCUGCGGAUUUUAACAGAGUUCAGCGAGAAGAAGACUUCUACUACUCCGUUGAGAGAGCAGGAAGAGGAUUGUAUUAAUGACAAGAAAAGUUCAAGCCAAGCUAGUAAAGAAAAUAUUAAAAGCUCAAGGAAGAGACGCCAGGGAAAGAAACAUCACAAGUAUGUUAAACUAACCAGCCGCAAAGCGAAUGCGUCAGAGAUACCAGAGUAUAGAAGAGGGGUUUCUGGAGAAGGUAGCAGCACGGGUCAUCGUAGAAUCUAUAAUGAGGGGAUGCUAGCAAAACGUGGUUCGAGUUCAAAGAAGCUAAAUGAGAAAGGAGAUAAAGUUAAUGUGUGUCAGGAUCAGCCAUCUGAGGAUGAUGAUGAUGAUGAUUCAUGGUCAGGAGGAGAUCAUGUUGUGUUGAGAGGUACUGCUUUGUCUGCUUUAAAUAAACAGAAACUGCGGAGGGAAGUGUCUGGAAGGAAUAAGACUAUGUUUGGGAGUAAAAGAGCUCAAAGAGUUCGGAUGAGUGAGAAGGAGGAGACAUCACUUGCAGGAGCUCAUCUAAACAUUGUCAAGUUGAAGAGGAGCCUUACUUCGAUUCAAGAAGAUAAGUAUCCACCGAGAAAGAGUUUCAGAGAGGUUACAGAUGCGUCUCCUCGUGCAACUAGCAUGAGAAAGCUGUUGCCACCAUUUGUAGCAAAUGGCUGGAGACGAUUAUCUCUGCCUGCGGAGCUAAAGAGAGCUCGGUUUGAGUUGUCAGAGGAAGAAGAAGAAGAAACUGGGAAAUGGGAAUCUGAAAUGACACAAACAGAAGAUGAUUAUAUUUCUGGUGAUAAUGGAGAAAGAAAUGAGGCCUUAGGGAGAUCAAAUACUUCAACAUUUAGUGGUUACAAUGAUUAUGAAGAUGAUGAUGACGAAGAAAGUAGUGAAGAGGAGGAAGAUAAUAACGAAGGAGACAAAACAGAUGUUACUCCACCAUCUAAUGAAACCAUACCUAGUGAGAGAGCAUUGUAUUACUCUGAAGAAGUUGAGAAUAUGGUUUACGAGGAGGAAGAAGUGAGGUUUGAUUCUGAGGUGGGAAAGGGAAGCUUAUACGUAGAGGUUGAUACCAUUCCCAUUCCAGGACCUCCAGGUUCAUUUAUACCAAGUCCCAGGGGUAUGAGUUUUGGUAACUCGUCUGUUAUCACAAGCCAGCUCCAAUCUUCCAUGGAUCAGCUUGACAGAAACUCAUCUGAAUCACCUGUUUCUGCAUUUUCAAACUUUGCAGCUGGUAGAUUGAAUUUUCCCGCAGAGUUAUUCUCCCCGGACAUUCCUUCGUUCUACACGGAAACUCAAUUGAGCUUUUCUGCUCCAUCUCAUCAUGGGACAGUCGCCGGGGCUGAGAGGAUGACUGAAGAUAAGACAACAACACCUUCAAGCUUUAGAAACAAUGAUCAUGAAUCUUGUUGUUGCCAAAGAAAGGAGAUAAUCUCAGAGGGCAUUACUUUUAAUCACCAAGAAUCUCAUCUACUGCAGCGAAGAGCCGCAGCUUCUUCUUCAAUGGACAUGAACUUAGCUAAGUCUCCCACACGUUUGGAUCCAAAUCAUUCAUACAUGAUCCAGCAAGAGUUUAAUAAUCUUCAUAGUAAAUUCUCAAGCAAAGGGAAUGUCAAUGGCGCUGUUGUGCCUCCAAGUCCUUCAAACUCAGUUUUUCGGUUGAUGGGAAAAGACUUGAUGGUCAUGAACCAAGGAGAAGCAAACAACGAAGAAGCAUCUCUGGCCAGCUUAAAACCAACCCCACAGAUACAGUUUCUUGAUCCUCCUCCUUGCGCUGGAGCCGGCUUAUACUUAAACACAAGUCUCUAUUUCAGAAACAGUUUGGAGGCAACACAUCAACCACAGACACAAGCUUCAGCAUCCAGAAACAAUUUUGAUCAUGUGAGGUACUUUUCACCGAGGUAG